UCUUUAAGCUGUUAGGAAUGUGAGCUCUCCGGCCUUCUGUCCCGGUGUGUACUGUGGUUUAACAUGAUUGUGCCGGCAGGCUAGGGGAGGGGUUGCAGCGAGCGGAGAGAGGAGAGGAGAGGAGACAGAGAGGAGGGGAUCGUCGAGCGCGGCGGCAUCCUUCCACCCCUCCCCCUCGCACUCGUCGCAGAGAGCAGCUCAGUUCAGAUGGUGCCAUCAUCAUAGUCGGCGAAUUACGGGCUUCCAGCAUGUAGAACCGAACCGUGCAUCACCUACCCAUCCGGAGCCUCCGUCUGAUCAACUCGCGAGAAAGGCACAAUGCAACAAAAAAUAUGACAUCGACACAGGCAAACGAGACAACAACCUGCUGUUGGAUUUAUUAUAAUUUAUGCGGAUUUGUUAAUAUAUAAUCUGCAUCAUUCAUUUUCUUCCGCAUAAAAAGAAUCCCACACAGACGUCAGCUCAGUUUUAGCCUACUAUUAUAAUACAUUUUGAUUUAUAGAGCAACAACUGUUGGAAUAUUGCGUUGGUCGACUCAUCCCAUCAUCCUGACAGGCUCUCUCUGCCGGAUUUAAAUUAAAUUUGAAGAAUAAAACGCUGGAUUCCGCCGAUUUUUCCAACCUAACCGUUAAACGUCCUUGGAGCAUGGCCUGAUUCUCUGGACCCUCUCAACACUUCACACAUCAAAGCCCCACUUCUCCACUGUCAGUCACACAUUGUGAUUUCAUUUAGAAGAAUCAUAUUUGAAUUACUCUACUCAGUAGAUUUCAACCACAGAUGAAUUGGUAUUAUGUCCACCAUUCUGGGGAAUACACGCUCAGAAGGAGACUCAAGCCAGCACUGCACUAACACAAACAACAGGGUAACGCAUCAGCAGCCCAAAACUGAACUGGUUACCUCAUAUGGUUCCUGAAAUGGCGGGGCAAAGGCAAGGCAUUGGGGGGAGCGGAAUGGGGGAAGACUAAAAGACAGAACCCGGGCAGAUCAGUUUCAUGUUCUCCUUAUCUAACGCACACUAUCACUCUUAGACCCCUUUACAUAUAGUACUCAGUGUAAGAGCCAGCUGUCUUCCAUCACCAUACGGCAUCAUGGGGGACAUAGCGAACAGCUCGGUUGAGUUUAUCCCCAAGAAGAAGCGAGGCAGUGGUGCAGGUGGAGGCGGAGAGGCGACCAAUCAUGCUGGAGAUUUCGGGGCCACCCUGGAUGAGCUCAGGGACCUCAUGGAGCUUAGGGGCCCCGAGGCAAUGCAGAAGAUCGAGGAGAGCUGGGACAGCACCGAGGGCCUCUGUCAGAGACUGAAGACUUCACCCACCGAAGGUCUGUCGGAUAAUGCUGCGGACCUGGAGAAGCGCAAGGAGGUGUUUGGGCAGAACUUCAUCCCCCCCAAACAGGCCAAGUCCUUCCUGGAGCUGGUGUGGGAGGCUCUGCAGGACGUCACCCUCAUCAUCCUGGAGAUUGCUGCACUGGUCUCCCUAGGCUUGUCCUUCUAUCAGCCACCCGGUGAUGACACUGAAGCCUGUGGGAAUGUUGCGGCCGGUGCAGAGGACGAGGGCGAGGCUGAGGCGGGCUGGAUCGAGGGGGCGGCCAUCUUGCUGUCCGUGGUGUGCGUAGUGCUGGUGACGGCCUUCAACGACUGGAGCAAGGAGAAGCAGUUCCGCGGGCUGCAGAGCCGCAUCGAGCAGGAGCAGCGCUUCGCCGUGGUGCGCAACGGGACCGUCAUCCAGAUCCCUGUGGCCGAGUUGGUGGUGGGAGAUGUGGCCCAGGUCAAAUACGGUGACCUCCUGCCAGCCGACGGAAUACUGAUCCAGGGUAAUGACCUGAAGAUCGAUGAGAGCUCGCUGACUGGAGAGUCUGAUCAUGUCCGCAAAGCUGUUGACAAGGACCCCACGUUGCUGUCAGGCACUCACGUUAUGGAAGGAUCCGGAAGGAUGGUGGUCACUGCGGUGGGGGUCAACUCUCAAACGGGCAUCAUUUUCACUCUCCUGGGUGCAGGGGAAGGAGAAGAGGAGAAAAAAGAGCCCAAGAAAGAGGGCACUAAUAGCUCAUCUGGGCUGCAUCCCCCUGCAGUCGAAGCCAAACAGAUGACCAUCACCAAUGGAAAGCAAGAUGGGACCCUGGAAAACAACCCCAAUAAAGCCAAGAAACAGGAUGAAGCCGUCGCCAUGGAGAUGCAACCUCUGAAAAGCGCAGAGGGCGGAGAGGUGGAGGAGAAAGAGAAGAAGAAAGCACAUGUGUCCAAGAAGGAGAAGUCUGUGCUUCAGGGCAAACUGACUAAGCUGGCGGUGCAGAUUGGGAAAGCAGGGCUGGUGAUGUCGGCCAUCACGGUCAUCAUCCUGGUGCUGUUCUUUGUGAUUGAAACAUUUGUGGUCCAGGGUCGCGAGUGGAAGACAGAGUGCACCCCGGUGUACGUUCAGUAUUUCGUCAAGUUCUUCAUCAUCGGUGUGACGGUGCUGGUGGUGGCUGUUCCUGAGGGUCUGCCCCUGGCCGUCACCAUCUCGCUGGCCUACUCCGUCAAGAAAAUGAUGAAGGACAACAACUUGGUUCGCCACUUGGAUGCUUGUGAGACUAUGGGCAAUGCCACAGCCAUUUGCUCUGACAAGACCGGGACCCUCACCACCAACCGUAUGACUGUGGUACAGGCUUACCUGGGGGACCAACGCUUCUAUGAGGUGCCCGACCCCAAUCAGAUUAACUCCACGACCUUAGAGCUGAUGGUCAGUGCCAUUGCUAUCAACUGUGCCUACACAUCUAAGAUCAUGGCGGCUGAUCAGGAGGGUGGCCUGCCCAAGCAGGUGGGUAAUAAGACUGAGUGUUCCCUGCUGGGCUUCGUGCUGGACCUGAAGAGAGACUACGCCCCGGUGAGGGAGCAGGUUCCAGAGGACAAGCUCUACAAGGUCUACACCUUUAACUCCGUCCGCAAGUCCAUGAGCACCGUCAUCCAGCUGCCCGACGGAUCCUUCCGUCUCUACAGCAAAGGAGCCUCGGAGAUCCUGCUGAAAAAAUGCACCUCCAUCUUGGGGGGUGGGGGAGAGGCGCGCGCCUUCCGGCCACGGGACCGGGAUGAUAUGGUGAAGAACGUGAUCGAGCCCAUGGCAUGCGACGGCCUGCGUACCAUCUGCGUGGCCUACAGGGACCUGCCAGCCAGGCCAGAGCCAGACUGGGAAAAUGAGACAGACAUCAUCACCAACCUCGUCUGCAUCACCGUGGUCGGCAUCGAGGAUCCAGUCCGCCCUGAGGUUCCAGAUGCCAUUAAGGCGUGCCAGAGGGCUGGCAUCACGGUGCGCAUGGUGACAGGAGACAACAUCAACACAGCACGCGCCAUCGCUGUCAAGUGUGGCAUCAUCCAACCUGGAGACGACUUCCUCUGCAUAGACGGCAAAGAAUUCAACCGACGAAUCAGAAACGAGAAAGGAGAGAUUGAACAGGAGAGAAUUGACAAGGUUUGGCCCAAACUCCGAGUACUGGCCCGAUCUUCCCCCACAGACAAACACACACUGGUCAAAGGCAUCAUAGACAGCACUGUAACGGAACAACGGCAGGUUGUUGCUGUAACAGGAGACGGAACCAAUGAUGGGCCUGCACUUAAGAAGGCUGAUGUUGGCUUUGCAAUGGGUAUCGCCGGCACUGAUGUGGCCAAGGAAGCCUCAGACAUCAUCCUGACAGACGAUAACUUCUCCAGCAUCGUGAAGGCGGUGAUGUGGGGGCGUAACGUCUACGACAGCAUCUCCAAAUUCCUGCAGUUCCAGCUCACCGUCAACGUUGUGGCCGUCAUCGUUGCUUUCACUGGGGCCUGCAUCACACAGGACUCUCCUUUGAAGGCGGUGCAGAUGCUGUGGGUGAACCUGAUCAUGGACACCUUCGCCUCCCUGGCCCUGGCCACCGAGCCGCCCACCGAGUCGCUGCUGCUGAGGAAGCCCUACGGCCGCAACAACCCCCUCAUCUCCCUCACCAUGAUGAAGAACAUCCUGGGCCACGGCAUCUACCAGCUCGUUAUCAUCUUCACUCUGCUCUUCGCAGGGGAGAGGAUUUUCAACAUUGACAACGGGCGUAAUGCUCCCCUGCACUCUCCCCCCUCCGAGCACUACACCAUCAUCUUCAACACCUUCGUCCUCAUGCAGCUCUUCAACGAGAUCAACGCCCGCAAGAUCCAUGGCGAGAGGAACGUGUUUGACGGCAUGUUCAGAAACCCCAUAUUUUGCAGCAUAGUAUUCGGAACGUUUGCAAUGCAGUUCGUGAUCGUGCAGUGGGGAGGGAAGCCGUUCAGCUGUGCUCCCCUGAACGCGGAGCAGUGGCUGUGGUGCCUGUUUGUGGGAGUCGGGGAGCUGCUCUGGGGACAGCUCAUUGCCACAGUGCCCACCGCUCAGCUGAAGUGCCUGAAGGAGGCCGGCCACGGGACAACCAGAGACGAGAUCGAGAUGGACGAAGACAUGGCCGAGGAUGAGGAGGAGAUCGACCAUGCCGAGCGCGAACUUCGCCGCGGGCAGAUUCUCUGGUUUAGAGGCCUCAACCGUAUUCAGACUCAGAUCCGGGUGGUGAAUGCCUUCCGUAGCUCCCUCUAUGACGGCAUGGAGAAGCCAGAGUCCAGGAACUCAAUCCACGACUUCAUGGCGCAUCCUGAGUUUAUCAUCAACGACUCGGUGAACAGCAUCCCUUUGAUUGACGAGACAGACAUCGACGACGAGUCGGAGCGCACCAACCACAACCAUGUGCACUCGGCUCUGCGUCACGGAGCCCCGCCCUCCCAGCCCCCCCAGCGCCCGCCUCGGUCCCGGCCCCCACCCCGCCCCUACCGGCAGCAGAGCCUCCCUGUGACCCUCAACUGCAACAACAAUGCCGCCGAGAGCGAAGUCUUUCUCACCCCGAAAGAUGCAAGAAAAUCCGCUGCUUCCCCGAUCCCAGCUAGUCCAUUGCACAGUUUUGAGACAUGUUUAUAAUUACUUGGGAGGGAGGGAGGGAGGGAAAGAGAAAUUCACACUUUAGUUUUAAGUCGGAAAGGCCAUGAAUGACCUUAUUAAUGGACAACCAAUGGAUCUCAAAGAGAUGGACCAAGGAGAACUGAGCGAAGGCAGUAUUAUAUAACUGAGAUAACUGACUUUGACACAACUGAGUUACAGAUGUUUCUAUCCCCCUCACCUCCUCACCACAACCACCUCUUUUGAUCUUCCCUCUUGGUUUCCCAACACCAUCAUGGUAUCUCCACUGCUCUUCAACCCUUCAGCUACUUGACCCCGCUGGAGUCAGAUGGAGAGGAGAGCUCCGGAGAAUGGAGUCAGAUGGAGAGAAGAGCUCCAGAGAAUGGUGUGUGGGGAUACAACAGCAGAGUGUCUGAACUGGCAAGGAACAUAGACUUCCGAAGGGGUUCAAUCAUUACGCUUUUUAAUUAUUAUAUUACUGUUCCAGUUAUUAUUAUUAUUGUGGUUACUACUGCUAAAAUUACAAUUGCUACUACAAUUACUAUUCCAGUUAAGAUGCUUUAUAAAUUAGCUUUAUAUAUCCAUAUAUGUUUGUAUGUAUGAUGUAUGUUUGUAUGUAUGUGUUAUCUGUUUGUAUGUUGCUGAACUGUAGUUAGCGUCUGUUUUUUCUGUUUGGUUCUUUCUGUUCCCAUAACCUUCCUUUCCUCCUGUCCACCUCGCGCUUUUUCUGUGUUUGAGUGUAGUGUAUGUCUUUAAACAGGAAAAUGAAAUAAAAAACAUACAAAUCAAUUAAAUAAACACAGGUACAUUUAAUCACGGUUGAUUAUAUCUCACAAAUAAAAAGAGUAUAUUCAUAAUACA